AUGAUGCUCAACUUUCUCCUCCGCUCAUUGUUCCCAGUCGUCGCAGUGGCUGUUCUCGCUAAAGUUGCUGAAAGCCAGAAGGUUGCUGUGGACAACAGGAUAUCCUCCACCCCAUCGCCAGUUCAUCCCACCAUCAACUUUCAAGUCCUCAAUGUGGAUCAUGUGUUGUUUUUGAGGCAGGAAAGUCCAGAGUCAUCCAGGAACUCCAGCCUGAAGGCUCAGACUCAGACUUUUCUCAUUACUGGUAAUGUCGCUGGGCUCCUCCAGCCAGCUGUCAACUCUUCAUGCGGCCCCCUGAGUGUGGAUGCCCCGAUUCCUCCACAUCUGCUCCUCAGUGGGCGCAGGAUCCUGCCCGUCAUUCUGGUCCGCAAGGUUCGUUCCUCAUCCCCUGUUGUCAAGAUUCUCUUCCACAUGCCCACGGAAAAUGACAUCAUUGUUGGGCAACAAAGGAUGGGAUCUGAAGACGGCAAUGGCAGGAAAAACGCUGGCGCCAAGGCAAAGGACCGAGCUCAUUGUGUGACUGCUUACGCCUUCUGGGAGACGAGGGAAGUUCAUGGAGCAUGCCUGGUGUUUCCGGGUGGAUUCUGUGUGGCACAGCUUCGGCCAGAAGUGGCGUGGUUCAGCUCAAGCAGCCGAUCGGGCAGCUCUAGCAAGGAAGCAGGAAGAACCGAAGGAAUUAAGGGGCUUCAGGGGAAUCUUGUGGAGGUCUACUUCCAGAGUCGGAGGGAUCGGACAGGCCAGUGUACCCCGCAGGAUAGCCUGCAACGUGUAGGAGUAGGAAGAGACUCUGGGGGAUCGGGGACACCGAUGAGGCGAAUAGGAAGUGUCAAUCUGCUCAAAACUCUGUCAGGGAACCCCACCUAUUUUCGACUGAGGCUGGGAGGCGCCUUGGUGAUCCAGACUUCUUCCAAGCCCCUGAAGGCCACAGACAUUGCAACUUUCUAUGUCCUCCUGGCGAGCACAUCUACCCUGGAAACCUUUACUCUCAGGGCAACAGUAAGAGCGGGCCUGUCAUUCAGCGCAGCGCGGCCCAGUGACUCAGCGCUGUGGGACACCGUCGUGGAGACGGGCAGAGAAGCGGCUCCCAACACUGUCUCCGUCGUCUGUCAGAAGAAGGUUGCUUUCACCGCAAAGAGGGGUCUUCUGGAAGUUUUACAACUGGACUUUGUGCCAAAAGAUGUUUCGGAGCAGGCUGAGAGUCAGACGGUCUCCUGGCGCCUGGAGUUGCCAGGGAACGUCAAAGAUGUGGGCAUAAUACGGAUCUACACACCUCAGAAAGAUUAUGUGGGGCUGGCACCUCUGGUCAUGAACACUGAUAUCCUGAACACUGCGGUCCUGACGGGGGAAACGGUGUCGGUACCUCUGAGAACUCUGGCAGUGGAGGCCGAUGGCUCAGUCACCGAUGUGACCAACUACACCAGCUGUAGGUCUACGGAGCAGGAUGUCCUCAAGGUGUCAGAGCGAUGUGAAUAUGCGUAUGUCAACGGGAAGGAGACGAAAGGGAGGAGCAGGGUGAUGCUCAACUUUACUUUCGGUUUCCUGACCGCCCAGCUGGAGAUGAGUGUAUGGAUGCCCCGUCUGCCCUUGCUAAUUGAUGUGGCCGACCCAGAGCUCAGCCAGAUCAAAGGCUGGCGAGUCCCUGUUAUCACAGGCACCAGGAGGUCCACAUGGGACAGCGACGAAGAGGAGGAGAUGAGGAAGAGCAGGGGUUGCAUGCUGCAGUACCAGCACUCUUCACUCAGGGUGCUAACACCAUUCAUAGCCCAGACCGACGCUGAGGUGCCGUCUGACCCGCUUACUGGGGCAGAGCCUGUCGAGUACUUCCUGGGUCCUGACUGGCAGGUGGAUGUGACCAAUCUCGUUCGGUCUUCUCUAAAAGUGGCACAUCCUGAAGUAGCCAGAGUGCAGGGUGGGGUGGUGCUGCAGGGACGGGCUGUGGGCACUACUACCGUACAGGUGCUGUCCCCUCUGACAUCAUCGGUCCUGGCUGAGAGGAGCAUCCGGGUGGUGGAUGAUAAAGUGAGCGUGACGGAGCUGGGGGUGCAGUUGGUAUCCGGGCUCUCUCUGUCCCUGCAGCUCAGCCCAGGGAGCAACAGGGCCAUCGUUGCCACGACAACCACCCGGGAGAUGAUCACGCAGCUCAAACAGGAAGCUGCGGUCAGCUGCUGGGUUCAUUUCAGCGAUGGCGCAGUCGCUCCACUGGAGCUGUUCGACAGCAGCAUCUACUCUCUGGCGGUCUCUACCCCCGACGAGGGAGUGGCCACGGUACGCCGCACCCCGCAGUCCACCUUUUUAGUGGCGCAAGGUGAAGGUGGAGGCCAGGGGGCGCUGGUGAGAGUGGAGUUGAGGAUCUGUGAGGAAUGCCAGAAGUCCAAAAGGAAGAGCAAGUUGGCAGUGGGCACGGGGCUUCUCAGGAUCAACUUCCAGAGUAGCAUUACAGUCGCAGCAGGAGGCGGUGGCGGGAAUGGGGUUGGCGUUGACGGAAAUAAAGAUGUUGAUGGCGAUGCAUUCGAAUUGGUAGGAGAGCUCAAAACGACACAGCGUGCCGGUGUUGAUAAAUGGUUGUUCAGUAGCACCGUACCCGACCAGCGAGAGUCCACGACCACCCCGACCAGGUUUUCAACUAAACCUCCGCAGCGGUACGUUGUGUUAACCACAACCAGAGCUACGAGAAGUAGCUCGUAUACUGCCAUUCCCACCACUGCUACCACAACUGUGAGCAAAACGCGCUUCAAUACAUCACUGAGCACUGCGAGACCUAAAUAUACCACAGUGGAUUUAGUUAAUAAACAAGAAGGGCAGAGGAGAAGCUAUGGAAACAUGCUCGACAGCCCCAAUUCACCCUCGAACAAAGACAUUGCUAAAGUAGAAGUAACAACCAAGAAGGAGCCUCCUAAAUCUAAAACUCCCAAAGUAAUUGAGAGCGACCUCAUUCGGACAUUCAGAGCCAUGUCAGACAUGGAAAUCGACAUGUACGCCUUGGUUGGGGUCGCCUGUAUAGCUAUCUUGGCUUUUUUGCUCAAUUGUGCUUCGUAUAAACUCUGUUUCCGGAGUCAAAAGACGCCCAUCCAGGCAGGCCCGUUACCCAUGGGUGAUCCGAAUGACCACAAACACGACUGGGUGUGGCUGGGAAGCAACAGUGAUGGCGCUCCUGACCUGGGUGCCCCGGCUCAAGUGUCCACACUCAAACGCGAGACUCACCGCCCUCUGGAGUCCCAUCAUUCCAGAGACUCAAUCGGCCACUGCGACAUGGAGGGCAACCUGCCCACCGCGAGUGUCCUCGCUGUCCCCGAAAGGACUGCCACCCUGGGCCGCAGCAGGAACAGCUCCCAGCAGCAGCAAUUUCAGGGAAAGGUGAUGGACCCCAUGGCGAACCGUUCAGCCACCUUGCUGGCCAGGCCACAUCGCAGCGAGCCGCUUCAUUCCCCCACCAGCAAGCGGAACCAGGUCCAGUUCACCACCUUCACCACGCUGGACAUCAAGCACUUGGCUGCGCUGAAGAAGAACGGCGUGGACCUAAACUGGGCCAACCAGCGGACUCUGCAACACCAGGUCCCGGCCGAGCCCCAGUCACCUUUACCUGACAUGCCGUGGCCUGUGGUCAAACCUCUGGGUGAGCCCCUGUGAGUGUGUUGGGGUGUUUCUGUGUGUGUGUGUGUGUGUGUGUGUAUGAGUAUGAGCUAGUAUGAGGGAGAGAGAAUUAAAAAGUGACAUACACAGCAAGUUCUGGUGUAGAUUGUCUUAGAGAAAAGAAGCUGGCUUUUGUUUUUUGAUAAAAGAUAAAUCACUUUAGAGGCUCUAUUUAUUGAGAUUAGAUAAAUGACUUUUAUAUAUCUAACUAUGUGCUCAGUGAAAGCCUGUAAAUACGUUAUGUAAUCGUCUACCCAUGAAGAGCGAGAUCUGAGAUGCUGUGUUAAUUUUCUAAAGAUUCAAAUCUUGAUUUUAUCCUCAAAAUGAAAUAUUCUUGUAUUUGAAAAACAUGUGCUCUCCCGUUCAGUUGUUGUAAAUAUAAAUAGAUCUAUACUAUUACUUAUUUCUUCAUUUUCAACUCAAAACAAAUGGAUUUUUGUCUCCUUUGUGCAAUUGUGUAGAAACUGCUCCAGAUAUUGCUAGUUGUCGGGCUAAAUGCAGUUCGGUAGGGAUUAUUUCUUCUAAUUUUAUUCUUUUCCAGCCUUCUGUACUUUUUUCUCGGAUUCCUCCAGAAAAUACCUGCAGUCUGUGCAAUUUGUCAGAGGAUAUGCAACAUUUAUCAGGUUAUUUGGAGCAAUCUGUCACUGCAGUCGUCACUGGAUAUUUAUUAAAAUCUUAUGCAUGUUAUGCAGAUAUAGUCUCUGUCGCGUUGGAAGUGGACAUUGUUUCUGAAUUUUUUUACAAACUUACCUUGGUCUUCAGGCUUCUCCCAGGGGGCCUGCUUCUACAAUCUGUAAAAAUGUAUAAUCUUGCUCUCCUGACACAGAGCAAUACAUAUUCAAGUGUAAAAUUCUUCAUGUGUGAAUGAAAAAUGACAAUGCCUUUUGUAUGUAAGAGCCUCUUAUUUUUAAACCAAAAUGUGAAGUGUCUUUCCUCUGAUAUUCCUAUCAAUAAAGAAAAAAUGGAUACAUU